CUGAGCCUGCAGACCUAUUGAAGGUAUUAGAUUUUCAUAAUUUACCCGACGGCAUCUCAAAAACGACAGGCUUCUGCACCAGCAGGCGGUCUUCCAAAGGAGCGGAUGUGGCCUAUCGCGUGACCAAGGAUGCCCAGCUGAGUGCCCCAACCAAGCAGCUUUUCCCUGAGACUCCGUUCCCCGAAGAUUUCUCCAUCCUGACCACGGUGAAAGCCAAGAAGGGCGGCCAGGCUUUCUUGAUUUCCAUCUACAAUGAGCAAGGCAUCCAGCAGGUCGGUGUGGAGCUGGGGCGAUCCCCGGUUUUCCUGUAUGAGGACCACAUGGAGAAGCCGGGGCCCGAGAACUACCCUCUUUUCCGCGGCAUUAACCUCUCGGAUGGCAAGUGA